AUGCUCAUUUGUGAAUUCAACACUCAAACCCCCUUACUGACUGCAGACGUCGACGAAUGCACCGAGACGCCGCAUGUAUGCAACCAGAUCUGCUCGAAUACGUUCGGAAGCUACGAUUGUUUUUGCAAAGCCGGGUACACUCUCUCCGUCCAUGACAACUUCACGUGCGAGGACGUCGACGAAUGCACCGAGACGCCGCAUGUAUGCAACCAGAUCUGCUCGAAUACGUUCGGAAGCUACGAUUGUUUUUGCAAAGCCGGGUACACUCUCUCCGUCCAUGACAACUUCACGUGCGAGGACGUCGACGAAUGCACCGAGACGCCGCAUGUAUGCAACCAGAUCUGCUCGAAUACGUUCGGAAGCUACGAUUGUUUUUGCAAAGCCGGGUACACUCUCUCCGUCCAUGACAACUUCACGUGCGAGGACGUCGACGAAUGCACCGAGACGCCGCAUGUAUGCAACCAGAUCUGCUCGAAUACGUUCGGAAGCUACGAUUGUUUUUGCAAAAACGGGUACACUCUCUCCGUCCAUGACAACUUCACGUGCGAGGACGUCGACGAAUGCACCGAGACGCCGCAUGUAUGCAACCAGAUCUGCUCGAAUACGUUCGGAAGCUACGAUUGUUUUUGCAAAGCCGGGUACACUCUCUCCGUCCAUGACAACUUCACGUGCGAGGACGUCGACGAAUGCACCGAGACGCCGCAUGUAUGCAACCAGAUCUGCUCGAAUACGUUCGGAAGCUACGAUUGUUUUUGCAAAGCCGGGUACACUCUCUCCGUCCAUGACAACUUCACGUGCGAGGACGUCGACGAAUGCACCGAGACGCCGCAUGUAUGCAACCAGAUCUGCUCGAAUACGUUCGGAAGCUACGAUUGUUUUUGCAAAGCCGGGUACACUCUCUCCGUCCAUGACAACUUCACGUGCGAGGACGUCGACGAAUGCACCGAGACGCCGCAUGUAUGCAACCAGAUCUGCUCGAAUACGUUCGGAAGCUACGAUUGUUUUUGCAAAGCCGGGUACACUCUCUCCGUCCAUGACAACUUCACGUGCGAGGACGUCGACGAAUGCACCGAGACGCCGCAUGUAUGCAACCAGAUCUGCUCGAAUACGUUCGGAAGCUACGAUUGUUUUAGCAAAGCCGGGUACACUCUCUCCGUCCAUGACAACUUCACGUGCGAGGACGUCGACGAAUGCACCGAGACGCCGCAUGUAUGCAACCAGAUCUGCUCGAAUACGUUCGGAAGCUACGAUUGUUUUUGCAAAGCCGGGUACACUCUCUCCGUCCAUGACAACUUCACGUGCGAGGGUAAGAACUAA